AUGCGUGAAUGCGAGCAGGAAGUGAGCCCUGGAGGCAUCCGUUCGGACGGUAAAAAUAAGAAAGAUCUAUUUUCGCCGACAAGGACAUCUCGCAGGGAAAGAGCUGCACACGUCGUAGAUUCUUUAGUAGAGCGGGUGCUAGGGGUGGUCCCAGUUGGAUGGUUGGAUGGGCACGCAGUGGUGGCGGGACUGGCUGACGUGGGGUCUGGGAGGUGGAGGAGAGAUUCCGUCGAGUUUUGUGGGGCCUUGGGGUGUGUGGAGGGUCGGACCAGCCCUCUCCGCAUGUGUGAACGUUUGCGUCCAGGACAGCUGGGCGACCGUUGGCUGAGUAGUGCGUGGUUGCGUUUCACACGGGAUGUGGGCAUUGCGAGCAUCUGCAGAGGCGUCCACGACGCUGACAGUCGAUUUCUGACGAAUUGGGAAUUUUUUGUCGACCGUUUUAGCGGCGGCGACACUGUGGGGAUGGCGGAGGGGCGGCUUGACGCGCUGCAACAGGCGGGGGGAUGUUGGAUGGGUACGCAGUGGUGGCGGGACUGGCUGACGUGGGGUCUGGGGGGUGGAAGAGAGAUUCCGUCGAGUUUUUGUGAGGCUUUGGGGUGUGUGGACGGCCGCACCAGCCCUCUCCACAUGUGUGAACGUUUGCGUCUGUGCGACGGUGGCUCUGCAGAGGAGUAA